AUGGGAGGUGAUUGUGGUGGCGUCGUUGGGUUUGUUGGUCUGGAUUCUUUCAGCUUCGAAUCAGCUUCUUCGCUUCUUCGUUCUGGUUUUAAGGUUCAAGCAUUCGAGAUCAGUACAGAAUUGGUGGAGAAGUUCACUGAAUUGGGAGGAAACAAAUGCCAUAGCCCUGCAGAUGCUGGGAAAGGUGCAGCAGCUGUGGUGGUUUUACUAUCACAUCCUGACCAGAUUCAAGAUGUUAUUUUUGGUGAUGAGGGUGUUAUUAAAGGUCUACAGAAGGGCGCUGUAUUGCUUCUGUCUUCGACAAUAUCACCUUCACACCUCCAGAAGCUUGAGAAACAACUUACAGAGAACAGAGAGCAGAUUUUUGUGGUAGAUGCCUAUGUUUUAAAAGGAAUGUCUGAGCUUCUUGAUGGAAAACUAAUGAUAAUAGCAUCUGGAAGGUCAGAUUCGAUUACAAGAGCACAACCCUAUCUCACUGCAAUGUGUCAGAAGCUUUACACCUUUGAGGGAGAAAUUGGUGCUGGAAGUAAAGUUAAAAUGGUGAAUGAGCUGCUUGAGGGCAUUCAUCUAGUUGCUGCUGUGGAGGCUAUAUCUUUAGGUUCUCAGGCGGGUGUACAUCCGUGGAUACUGUAUGACAUCAUUUCCAAUGCUGCUGGAAAUUCAUGGAUUUACAAGAAUCAUAUUCCGUUGUUGCUGAAAGGUGAUAUAGAGGGUCGCUUCCUCGAUGUUCUCUCUCAGAAUCUGGGCAUUGUUGAAGAUAAAGCCAAAUCGCUCCCAUUUCCUGUCCCACUUUUGGCAGUCGCACGUCAACAACUAAUCCUCGGAAUAUCACAGAUGCACGGAGGUGAUACAGCUACUUCAUUGGCUAAGAUCUGGGAAAAAGUACUUGGUGUUGGCAUAUUAGAAGCAGCCAAUAGAGAACUUUACAAGCCAGAGGACUUGGCCAAAGAAAUUACUGCUCAAGCAAAGCCUGUGAAUAAAAUUGGUUUUAUUGGUCUCGGGGCAAUGGGUUUCGGUAUGGCUGCGCAUCUGUUGAAAUCAAAUUUUACUGUCCGUGGUUAUGACGUAUACAAGCCAACACUUGUCAGAUUUGAGAGUGCCGGGGGAUCGGCGGCAAAUUCUCCAGCUGAUGUCACGAAAGAUGUAGAUGUUCUUGUAAUUAUGGUAACAAAUGAGGUUCAGGCUGAGGAUGUCCUGUAUGGACAUCUUGGAGCGAUUGAAGCUAUUCCAUCUGGAGCAACUGUUGUACUUGCGUCAACAGUUUCUCCCGCAUUUGUUAGCCAACUUGAAAGGCGUCUAGAAAAUGAGGGAAAGGACCUAAAGCUGGUGGAUGCUCCUGUUUCUGGUGGUGUCAAGAGGGCUGCCAUGGGGGAACUUACGAUAAUGGCUUCAGGUACUGAUGAAGCACUUAAGUCUGUGGGAAGUGUGUUAUCAGCAUUAAGUGAGAAGCUCUACGUGAUUGAAGGAGGUUGCGGGGCAGGAAGUGGUGUAAAAAUGGGCAAUCAAUUGCUUGCUGGAGUUCAUAUUGCAUCAGCGGCUGAGGCAAUGGCAUUCGGAGCUCGGUUAGGUCUGAAUACUCGAAAGCUAUUCAAUGUUAUUUCCAACAGUGGUGGAACAUCUUGGAUGUUUGAAAAUCGUGUUCCACACAUGCUGGAUAAUGAUUAUACACCAUACUCUGCUCUCGAUAUUUUUGUUAAGGAUUUGGGAAUUGUUACCCGAGAAGGUUCUUCCCGUAAAGUUCCACUCCAUAUAUCAACAGUGGCGCACCAGCUAUUCUUAGCAGGCUCUGCUGCGGGCUGGGGACGGAUAGAUGAUGCUGGAGUGGUCAAGGUAUAUGAAACCCUUGCAGGGAUUAAAGUCGAAGGGAGACUUCCGGUUCUGAAGAAACAAGACAUACUGAAAUCUCUUCCAUCUGAAUGGCCUUCAGACCCCACAGAUGACAUUCAUAAGCUAAAUAUGGGAAACUCAAAGACGUUGGUUGUUCUUGAUGAUGAUCCAACCGGGACACAAACUGUUCAUGACGUAGAGGUUUUAACAGAAUGGAGUGUUGAGUCUAUUUCUGAGCAGUUCAGAAAAAAGCCUGCAUGCUUCUUCAUAUUGACAAAUUCGAGGUCAUUGAGCUCUGAGAAGGCUAGUGCAUUGAUCAUAGACAUAUGUUCCAACCUAUGUGCUGCAUCAAAAGAAGCUGGCAACGCUGACUACACAAUUGUUUUGCGGGGUGAUUCAACGUUACGUGGUCAUUUUCCUCAGGAAGCAGAUGCUGCUGUCUCAAUACUUGGUGAAAUGGACGCAUGGAUUAUUUGCCCCUUCUUCCUUCAAGGAGGACGUUAUACUAUUGAUGAUGUGCAUUAUGUUGCAGAUUCUGAUAGGCUCGUUCCUGCAGGAGAGACAGAGUUUGCUAAAGAUGCAUCCUUUGGAUAUAAAUCCUCAAAUCUCCGUGAGUGGGUUGAGGAGAAAACAGCUGGCCGCAUUCCUGCUAACAGCGUUGAGUCAAUCUCAAUCCAGCUUGUGAGAAAAGGUGGCCCUGAUGCAGUGUGUGAGUUCUUAUGCAGUUUAAAGAAGGGAUCUGCAUGUAUUGUCAACGCAGCUAGUGAAAGAGACAUGGCUGUAUUUGCAGCAGGGAUGAUCCAGGCAGAACUGAAAGGGAAAUCUUUCUUAUGCCGUACUGCUGCUAGCUUUGUAUCUGCUCGGAUAGGGAUUAUUCCAAAAGAUCCCGUGUUGCCAAAAGAUUUUGCAUCAGACAAAGAAAGCAGUGGUGCACUAAUAGUUGUAGGCUCAUAUGUCCCGAAAACAACAGAGCAGGUUGAAGAACUUCAAUCACAACAUAAGCAGAAGUUAAGGAGCAUCGAGAUCUCUGUCGAGAAAGUUGCUCUCAAGUCUUCCGAAGUGAGAGAUGCAGAAAUCAGUAGGGCGGUCGAGAUGGCCGAUGCUUUCCUUGGGGCUGGCAGAGAGACUCUGAUUAUGAGCAGUCGCGAGCUCAUCACUGGGAAAACAUCUUCGGAGAGUCUUGAUAUUAACAGCAAAGUGAGCUCCGCUCUUGUUGAAGUAGUGAGCCAGAUAACUACCCGACCCCGUUAUAUUCUUGCUAAGGGUGGAAUUACGUCAUCAGACACAGCUACAAAAGCACUAAAAGCAAGACGUGCACUUGUGAUUGGUCAAGCCCUUGCUGGUGUUCCAGUAUGGAAGUUAGGUCCUGAAAGUAGACACCCUGGAGUCCCCUACAUUGUUUUCCCGGGUAACGUUGGCAACAGCACCGCCCUUGCAGAAGUUGUGAAGUCCUGGUCAGUUGUAGCGGGACGGUCGACUAAAGAGCUGCUUACUAACGCAGAAAAGGGUGGAUAUGCAGUUGGUGCAUUUAAUGUGUAUAACCUGGAAGGAAUAGAAGCUGUUGUAGCAGCCGCAGAGGAAGAAAACAGUCCUGCAAUAUUACAGGUACAUCCAGGUGCCUUUAAGCAAGGAGGCAUUCCGUUGGUUUCGUGUUGCAUCGCCGCAGCGGAACAAGCCAGGGUUCCAAUAUCCGUGCACUUUGACCAUGGAACCACAAAGCAGGAGCUAUUAGAAGCUCUUGAGCUCGGAUUUGAUUCAGUGAUGGUAGAUGGCUCUCACCUUUCCUUCCCAGAAAAUGUAUCCUACACGAAAGCUGUAACAGAGUUGGCCCGUUCCCAAAACAUUAUGGUGGAAGCAGAACUAGGUCGCCUCUCAGGAACAGAGGAUGGCUUGACUGUUGAAGACUAUGAAGCAAAGCUCACCAACACUCACCAGGCUCAGGAAUUUAUGGAAACUGGUAUAGAUGCUUUGGCUGUGUGUAUAGGAAAUGUCNAUGGAAAAUACCCUGAGUCCGGUCCAAACCUCAAGCUCGACUUACUUAAGGAACUGCAUGGUUUAAGCUCAAAGAAAGGCGUCUUUCUUGUUCUUCAUGGAGCUUCUGGUUUGCCUGAAACAAUUAUCAAGGAAUGCAUUGAGAAUGGUGUGAGAAAGUUUAACGUGAACACAGAAGUAAGAAAGGCUUACAUGGAUGCUCUUAGCUCCGGGAAGAAGACCGAUCUUGUUGACGUCAUGUCUGCCACAAAAGCAGCCAUGAAAGCUGUUAUCGCCGACAAGAUCCGUCUCUUUGGUUCUGCCAGAAAAGCUUGA